AUGGGAUCUACACAUUCAACCACCAUGUCUCACUCUUCUACAACAUUUUCAUCACGAAUAGAUUCUUUCCUGAGAUCAGUUCAGCAGUACACUGGCAUAGCGUUUAGUUUUUUCCUUUCCUUGCACGUCAUGAAUACCAUGACAGCCAUGAUCUCUCAAACACCUAUGACACUCUUCAAAUACACAACAACUCAAAUCACGAAUCCAGGAAAUUCAACAAGAACCACCGAUUCAAACGAUGACGCUCAAGAUUCAAAGAAAAAGGACACCUUUUCUUCCAUCAUUCAAUAUUUGAAAAGGAAAAUUUAUAAUGAACCAUUACAAUUACAUCGUUAUGCAGGAUACGUCUUGCUUGUAUUAAUGCCAGUUCAUAUUACAGCGACUCGAUUCACGUAUCCUAUCGAUUCAGAAUUUUCACAAGUGACUUUUAGUAUGGAAAAAAAUCCUGGAAGAGCCAUCAUGUUACCUUAUUAUACCAUCAUGUUAAUGAGUGGAGUGUAUCAUUUGUUUUAUGGAUUGAACGCUGCUGUAUUUUCUUAUCAAUUUUCAAAGAAGAGUUUAUUUGGAAUGUUUGGUGUUGUAUUUACUUUGGCAUUUAUUGGUUUUUUAGGUGCAGGAGGAGUAUUGUAUCCUGAUCGAAUUGAUCGAACCAAUUAUUCCGUAUGGGAAAAACCACAACUAAUGCAAUGA